UUCCUUGGUCCACCAUCAUCCCGACUCGUCUCCCCGGCUUGAACACAUAGGCAUAGUCACCAUGUCUGGUCUAAAAAAGACCACGAUCAACGCCCGUGCGUUCUAUCCUGAGGAGGUCGAGCAAGAUCACCUAGAGCAUGUUGGUGCCGACACUCCCGGCGCAGGGGCAUCAUCCGGUGCCGGCGGCUCGACAGAAAAAUCCCAUGCCUACGACGACAGCAAGAUUAUCUUGGUAACAUUUGAAGAAGGCGAUCCCGAAAAUCCCAUGAACUGGGGAAAGGGACGGAAAUGGAUGACGACAGCUCUCCUCUGUUUCAUGACCUUGACCAUCGGUCUCUCGACAUCGGCCUACUCCUCUGGUAUCACUUCCAUGACCGAAGAGUUCGGUGUCUCGACAGAGGCUGGCGAAGUCGGGAUGUUCAUGUUCAACGCUGCUUGUGCCUUCGCCCCACUUUUCCUCGCUCCAUUCUGCGAGCUUGUCGGGAGACGUUACAUCUACCUCGGCUCCUUCGGAUGCUUCACCCUCAUCUUCAUUCUUCUCGCCAUGGGUAAAAAUAUUGGUAGCGAACUUGUCGGUCGUCUCCUGUCUGGUCUGUUCGGUUGUGUGGGCACAAUCCUAGUCGGCGGCACGCUCGCUGAUAUUUGGGAAACGAAAGAACGCAGUGUCCCUAUGGCAUGCUUUUCAUACGUCGCUAUUCUUGGUACUAUCGCUGCUCCCUUGUACUGUGGCUACAUCGACGCUGCCAUCGGCUGGCGUUGGAUCGAGUGGAUUCACAUGAUCGCCUCCGGCGUCUUGUUCAUCUUGGAGCUCAUCUUCUUCAAGGAAACUCGUGGAGCCGCCAUCCUGAAAACUCGUGCCAAGAGGCUUAGGAAGGAGACAGGAGACAAUCGCCUGCGCGCACCCAUUGAGCUUGAAGCCGAGAAGUUGUCCGACUUGCUCCAUCAGAGCAGCACCCGUGCCAUCUACCUCACCAUCCGCGAACCCGUCAUCUUCUUCUUUGGAUUCUGGAUCGCAUUUGCCUGGGGCAUCACAUUCUUGUUCCUGAGUGUCAUUCCCUUGACCUUCCAAGACAAUCACGGAUGGGCGGAGGGUAACGGCGGCCUGCCUUACAUUGCGCUCAUCAUUGGCACCACGCUUGGUUUCAUCUCCGGUUUCUGGCAAGAUGCUAAGUACGACGCCGUACGUGAAGCGAAUGGUGGUGUCGCUAUUCCCGAAGCGCGGUUGUAUGGCGCGAUGAUCGGUGGACCUUUCCUCCCUAUCGGCCUUUUCAUAUAUUCGUGGACCCAGUUCGGGUUUGUCCAUUGGAUAGCGCCUUGCAUCGCCCUCGUGCUCAUUAUCUUCGGUAUCUACCACAUUUUCCUGGCCGUAUACAACUACACUGCGGACUCGUACGGCGAGCUCUCCUCUUCUGCUAUCGCCGGUCAAGGUUGGAUGCGAAACAUGCUCGGCGCUGUCACCCCUCUGUUCGCCAAUCAGAUGUUCAACGGCAUGGGCUACCAGUGGGCCGGAACACUUCUCGCAUUAAUUGCUUGCUUGAUCACACCCCUUCCCUUCAUCUGUUUCGCGUACGGUGACCGCAUCCGUGCUAGCUCGAAGUACGCCGCCGCCGCUACCGGAGCAGUCGUCCCGGAGAAGAAGCAGGCCGACUUCGACGACAUGAACGAGAAGGGCAAAGCUGUGGACAACGGCAACGCCGUUUAAUGCAUUCUACGCAUCGCCUUCACGCCAUCAUCACUUUUACGACUGUUUACAUUUCGAUUGGGUUUGUGUUUGGGAUUCAGGGAUAUAUCUAGACUCUAGACAACUUAGACAAGAUGGUUCGGCAACUAGACACUAGACAUAUUAGACUACCCAUGCAUACCCACGACGACUUGCUGAGAUCCCCCUCACAUUCUAUUUAUGACCCACCACUUAUUCGUCUCAUUAUCAUUACCUACAUAGCAUGCCA